UGUUUGGCGUAUCAAAAAAUCAUUUAUUGUAAAGUCGUUGGUUCAUUGUUUUUGAUGUAAAAUAAAAUAGUGAAGAAUAAGCUGUCAUAAUAAAGAAAAUCGAGCACUCACAGAAAUAAUUAUAAUGACGACACCGCAGUCACCUAACCGCAUAUUUAAUGGUCUUGAUGAGGAUAUUUAUAAUGAAGCGAAAUUUGCUCACGAAAUCAAUGACAAGAUGCGUGUACCGAAACGCAUUAAGGCGACAGGCGAAUUUUCAGACGAUGAUUUACUGCUAUCGAAUCAAAACGGGAUGAUAAACAGUUGGAAUUACCAUGAGAAAUUCGAUAUGAAUGUGCCCGAUCGUAUUGUAGUGCUCGGACAUAAUCAGCACUUGGAAACACGUUCCACUCCACGCGAAAUUCAAUUAGAGAAUUCGAUAUUACCAAAAAAUCCAUCGGGAAAUAUAAGGGUGCAGACUCCACCGCGUACGAUUACAUUAAAUGAACAUCAUUUUCCUUCGGCAUCGGAAGAAAGCUCACCACAUAAAUUAACUAACGGUGAUGAUGAUGAUGAUUAUAUGUGUGACGAGGAUUACCAUGACAGGAUUGAAAGACCCGGUCUAAAGGUUUACCGGCCCACAAACGCUGUGGUAGGUUUUCAAAUAAAUGAUGCUAAUUCCGUGGAAUCUGAUUCACAGUUAACUACUGGUGGCGCUAAUAAAAGGUCGCCAAAUGUGAACACUAAUCCAAAUGAUAUUUCCGUUGUGAGCAAUCGCGAAGGCACACCAAUUGGGGAUUUGACGCCACAUGAAGAAAUAUUAUAUUUAAGACGUCAAUUGGCUAAAUUAAAUCGUCGCGUCUUAAACAUCGAAAUAAAUAACGAACAGCGAUUGCAACGCGAGAAGAUAGUGUAUUGCCUAGGGUUGGCGUACUUUGUUUUAAAAGCGAUCUUUUGGCUUAAUCGCAAUUAAAAAGCGGAAAAUGACUAUUCAGCGAUUAACAAAAACAGCAGCAGUCACCAAUUGAAAGGGGAGCAAGAGAGAGAUGCGCGUUCGAUUCAAAAAAAAAAAAAACAAACAAACGUAUUUGUUAACCAGUGGAUGCCUAUUAUUGCUAUACCAACCAGCCAUUUAAAUACAUCACACCUGAAUGAUAGUCCACGCCAUCAUUAGAAAAAGAAAAAAAAAAGUUGCAUUGUUAGCCAUAUAACGAAGCUUUUUAUCAAAUUUAUUUUUUUAUUUGCAUUUUCAUUCAAUUUCAUAUGCAUGGAGAAGAAAAAGUUUCAAAAGUACAAGUUACCAAUAACGAUGUCUAUGACUUAUUUUUUCUAAACUGAUAUUUGCUUUUAGAUACUUGGUUAAGAUAAACUUUCAGAUUUUGUGGUGGUUUACGGUUUAGCGCAACCGCAAGCUAUUAAUGGACUGCUAAGUUUUCUUAAGCAAGUGUCACUAGCAAAAUUUUUGCAUGAUUCCAAGUUCCAAAGAAAUCCAUGCCUUAAAAUUUUCGACACUUUUUUUU